CAGCCAAGCCAUCAUCUUCCGCGCGGCUCUGGCAGUUGAACUACAAGUCUCCUCACUCCAUCGCAUCGCAUCGCAUCGCAUGCGCCUUCAUCAAUCACUCCCGAGCUGGAUAUCAACCAGUGAUUGAAUCACCACGAAAACCAUCUCUACCUGUACAACAACAUAAUUCGAUAUUAUGGGCGCUUUACUCUCUCUGCCACUGCUGGCAGUGCCCAGCAUGGGAACCAUCUUCGGGUUCAUGGCAAGUUGCUGUGGUGCAGCUACUUGCUCUGCAGUAUGCAGCGCAUGUGGGAAAUGUGGCAAUAGUGUUGCCACUCGUAUUGCCUACGCCCUCAUCCUCCUCAUCAAUUCAAUAUUAUCAUGGAUAAUGCUCACGCCAUGGGCGAUCAAGAAGCUACAGCACUUGACGUUGGAUUAUAUGGAGAUUUCUUGCCCGAAUGGACCCUGCUAUGGCUGGGUUGCAGUUCAUCGGAUCAACUUUGCGCUAGGAAUAUUCCACCUUGUUAUGGGCUUUAUCUUACUUGGCGUCAACUCUUCGAAGAAUCCGCGAGCAGCGAUACAGAAUGGCUUCUGGGGUCCUAAGAUUAUCGCUUGGCUGGCCUUGAUCGUGGUCUCGUUCCUCAUCCCGGAUGGCUUUUUCAUGGUCUGGGGCAACUAUAUCUCUUUCGCAGCAGCGACGGCAUUUAUUCUUCUUGGGCUAAUUCUCUUGGUCGAUCUUGCUCACUCUUGGGCCGAAUACUGCUUGGAGCAAAUCGAGGCAAAGGAUUCUCGGGCUUGGAGGGGCAUUCUCAUUGGCUCUACUUUGGGAAUGUAUGCUGCUUCCGUGGCUAUGACAAUCGUUCAGUACAUCUUCUUCGCAAAAGCUGGAUGCUCGAUGAAUCAGACCGCCAUCACGCUCAACCUCAUCUUUUUCUUGGUAGUAUCUGGAAUCUCAGUCCACCCUGCAGUCCAGGAAUACAACCCUAAAGCAGGAUUGGCCCAGUCCGCCAUUGUUGCAGUGUAUUGCACAUAUCUAACAAUGUCCGCUGUUUCUAUGGAGCCGGAUGACAAACACUGCAACCCUCUCAUCCGCCGCGCUCAAAGCACACGUACCACCUCGAUCGUUCUCGGCGCCGUUGUCACCAUGUUGACUGUUGCAUAUACCACCACCAGAGCCGCUACCCAAGGAGUAGCUCUAGGAGGCAAAGGAAAGAGCAUCAGACUGCCAGAUGAGGAUGAGCACAACUUAGUCACUCAGCAGCCGGACAGCCGCCGCGAGAUGCGUGCAGCAGCACUCCGCCAAGCAGUUGCCGAAGGAAGUCUUCCAGCAGACGCCUUACUCGACGAUGAUAGCGACAGCGAGGCCGGCGCCGAUAGCCCCAAGGACGACGAGCGCACCUCGACUCAAUACAACUACACUCUCUUUCAUGUUAUUUUUUUCCUUGCCACCGCCUGGGUCGCCACACUUCUCACCUCGAACUUCGAAGAUUCCACCACGGCCGGCCAAUUGGAGGAUUUUGCACCAGUUGGCAGAACGUACUGGGCUAGUUGGGUAAAGAUCAUCAGUGCCUGGGCUUGCUACGCAAUAUACACUUGGACUCUCGUAGCGCCUAUUGUGCUACCUGAUAGAUUCGAUUUUUCGGAUUAGUGUAGUUGCAUGGCCUGGUGAGAGAUUGAUAAUCAAGUGUUGUAUUAGGUAAUUAUUGCAUGGAAUUGGCGGUCAUUGCAUUUUGUUUUGGAGGAAGGGCGUUUUAUAUCAUACUCACGACUGGAAUACAGAUUUUGCAUUUCCAUUUGUCUAAUUGUGCUCUUUUUCUUCCUUUGUUUCAUAAUGCGUGAUUGCUAUUACGGAAUUCUUGCGAAGUAGCUCAUUCUCUAGCCUGCCCAGCUCAGCACGAGUCACCUUCUGCACCUUACUCAACCUCGCCACCACCAAAAGUCACCCAAAUUAGCUUGCACAGAUUCAAAUCAUUAGCUUCUUGAGGCUCUUUGUUGCAUAUCGCAAAACGUCUAAUUUGUCAUCUCUUAGAUAUCUGGUUCCGGAUCUAGUGUCUAGAUGGGCCAGGCUAGGCGAAACCGAAAUAUCGGGAGCAGGUUCUGGCACCACCACAUUUUCUCCAGCAGAUGGGUAUUCUGCAUAGUUCUCCGUGUUUGAAUGUCAUGCAUAUCUCGCAAGUGGUUUCUAAGAUAUGGGGUCUCAAGACAUUGCGGAAUAUCUUGUUAUAUUGGCAGUAGCAAUCGAGCUAUUUCGACGUGAGGUGUAUGGGGGACCUUUCAUGUCUUGUACUAGCACCGUUACUAUAUUAGAUACAUAUCAUUCUCUUCGCAUGCUAUAAAUACAGCCAUUUGGCUUUCAC